UCUAAGCAACGUCAGUCGAUAACAUUUUGUUCGGGGUAGUAGGCGCGCUCAUGGCAUUCUUUAAAAAUCGGAUAUUUUUUCAAUUAUAGAUUAAUACAUAACAAUAAAAUUCAAAUCGUUCCUUCGAAAGUAUGAGAACAUCAUUUCCCAAAACACGAGAAAUUAGUAAUAAUGGGACUCUCAAUUGAUUAUAUAUUCAAUCAUGAGUUUCAUGGAGUUUACUAUUGAGGUCUCAUUAAGGCAAUUACGUGAUAAUAAAGUGACAGAUGAAACACCGAGGAGAUUUAAGUUAAUGAGGAGAGUGUUAGUAUAAAAAUGCAGGUAUGCAGUCGAGGCAGGAAAUUGUGGCUGUUGACCUUCAUUGCCACACUAGCCUGUGGACAUUUUAUACUCAUGUAUUGUGAUAUAAAAAUAUUAAAGUGGGAGCCAGAGAGAUUUCUCCUUGAAUUCGGAAAUAGCCACACUCCGCAUGUAGAUAAUUCAACAAAGAAGAUUCUCUUCUGGAAUACUAUGUUUGGAGAUGAAACAUUCUACUUUGGGAAUGGUGCUAUUUUUAACAAGUGCCCCGAUUUACCCCGUGAUGGCUGCUAUGCUACCCACAAUCGACAUGCUUUCAAUAUUCGUGAUUUUGAUGCCAUAUUAUUCCACGGAAAUGAAUUGUCAGUGAGAGAUCUACCGGCUGAACGUGAUAAAUCGCAACGAUAUAUUUUCGUUAAUCUUGAGAGUCCGGUGACAUGGAUACGGCGAACGAAACCAUUAUUUGAGGAUUAUUUCAAUUUAACAAUGACGUAUAGACUAGACAGUGAUAUACAAUGGUCGUACUAUGCUGUACGUGAUAGGAAGAGUGGAAAUAUUGUGGCACCGGCGUUGAAUGCCGUUUGGAAGAUACCCGAGGAUGCAACAGACAACGUCGAUACAAAGGACCCAGUUAUGAAGAUCAUUGAGACGAAAAAAAGGACAGCGGUAUGGUUUGUAAGUAACUGUGACACAGACAGUGUCCGAGAGAAAUAUGUGAAAGAACUCUCGAAGCAUGUGGAUGUCGAUGUUUACGGUCGAUGUGGCAGCGAGACUAAAUGUCCGAAGGGUGAGGACUGCUUUCGGAAGCUCGUGGAGCCAAACUACUUCUUCUAUUUAUCCUUCGAGAACAGCCUCUGUCAGGAUUACGUCACUGAGAAACUCUCCAAUGCUCUCAAAUACUACGUCAUUCCAGUAGUGUACGGUGGUGCAAACUACAACUCAUCAGCUCCUUCAAAUUCCUAUAUUAACACACUAGACUUUCAUUCUCCCAAGCAACUAGCACAAUUUUUGAUAAGACUGACAAAAAAUUUAGCCGAAUACGCUAAGUACUUCAAAUGGAAGAAAUUUUAUGAGAUCAUUCCUUCCAACCAAGUAACAAUUUGUCAUCUCUGUAAAUACCUCCAUGAAACAAUGGAAAAUAAAGUAUACGAUUCAAUGUCAGAUUGGUAUUUAAAGGGAAAAUGUCCGUUGCAAGAUAAAUUGAAAAAUUAUCCAUACAUAACGAAAUUAGCGACUAUGUUCGACAAUGAUUGAAGUCUUCCAUCUGUUUUUUCCCUAUUGAUUGAAAUCUGAUACAUGUCACUGGUAGUUUUGCAUCUAUUUUUUCUAUUAGUCUGUCAGAUUGACGGGACAUUUAAGGAUGCUUUUUUCAAUUUGUUCUAUUGUAAAGGUACUUUGAUGGUAAAUUUGAAAUCCAGUAUUUGCAAUAAAAUUCGUAAAAAGAA